GCCUGGAGGAAAGCAAGUCCCUCGGGGAUUUCAGCACCUAGACAGAAAACAGCUGGGCUUCCCUAUCGCCAGCCGCGGGGGUGGCUGGCACAGAGAGGCCUGGAUUAAACGCGGCGCGGGGCUGGGAGGCCAGGGUCGCGCGGUAACGCUCCAGGUGCUCCUUGCGCGGAUCCGGGGUUCCGGGGUCCCAGCCUUGCGCUGCGCCCCGCCCAGCUCUGUCCCCGCAGCCCUGCGGGCGGCUGGGCUUUGUGGUUCGCCCGCGCGGCUGGGCCCCUGCUGGGGGUGUCGUUUCGAGCAUGUGCAGACAGCAGCCCAAGCCUUCAGGAUAAUUCCUUCAGCAGCACCGCUGUAACAGAGUGUGACGAAGACACCGUCUCUCUACAUGAAGACCAGACUGAUUGCUCCAGUCUCAGAGAUGAAGACAAUAAAGAAAAUUACCCUGACACUGGGGCUCUCCUAGAGGAGCCCUCGCUGCCCUCCCGAGAGCCAGUGCAGCAUGGAGAGCAGACGGUACCGGUGGACUGCGUGCUGAGACCCAGCAUGGGCAACUUCAAGUCCCGGAAGCCCAAGUCCCUCUUCAGGGCAGAGAACGGGAGGAGCCAAGGAGAAAGUCAGGAGACAGAGCACGUGGUUCCCAGCCAGUCUGAGUGUCGGGGGAGAACAGGAGCACCAGCUCAAGAGAGUCCACAAAACCACACUUUCAGGUGCCAAGAGCCCGUGAGAGUUCAACCAAGAAUAGACCAGAGAGCUGCCAUCUGGCCAAAGGAUGCUUUUGAAACUCGGCAGGACAUAAAUGAGGAGGAAGCUGUUCAGGUGCACGGAGUCAAGGAUGCAGCCCCCGCACGGACCCAGAAGAGCGUGCCUGGAGAAGGUGCAGAUGCUGCAGUAACUACUUGUAAGAUGAUCCAUCAACCCAGAGAAAGUGGAGACCCUGCACCAGUCCACAAAGAUGGGCAGAGUGAAGCAGACAGUGCAGCAGACGACCUCCAGUUUAUUGGGACUAGCAGACUGCUCUAUCACAUCACUGACGGUGGCAACCCACUGCUGUCCCCACGAUGCUCCAUCUUCAGCCAAAGCCAGAGAUUCAACUUAGACCCUGAAUCAGCCCCUUCUCCACCCAGCACUCAGCAGUUUAUGAUGACCCGGAGUUCCUCGCGGUGCGGCUGCAGUGAUGGCAAGGAGCCUCAGACCAUUGCCCAACUCACCAAGCACAUCCAGAGCCUCAAGAGGAAAAUUCGAAAAUUUGAAGAAAAAUUUGAGCAAGAAAAGAAUUACCGGCCUUCACAUGGUGACAAGACUUCUAAUCCUGAAGUUCUGAAAUGGAUGAAUGAUUUGGCUAAAGGGCGUAAACAGCUCAAAGAACUAAAGCUGAAGCUGUCAGAAGAACAGGGGAGUGCUCCCAAAGGCCCGCCCAGAAGCCUGUCCUGUGAACAACCCACAGUCCCUAGAGAGAACGGGAAGCCAGAGGCUGGGGGCCCAGAGCCAGGCUCCCCUGCAGAGGACGCUCCAGAUGCUGUGUUGAUGUGCCUGAAGGAGAGGAGAGAGCAGCUUCCCUCUCAGGAGGAUUCUAAGGUAACUAAACAAGACAAGAACCUCAUGAAGCCACUUUAUGACCGGUACAGAAUUAUCAAGCAAAUCUUGUCAACGCCUUCCCUCAUUCCAACAAUUCAGGAGGAAGAGGACUCUGAUGAAGACUGUCCCCAGGGAAGCCAACAACCUUCUUUGCCAGAUCCAGCAUCUCACCUUCCUGUUGGUGACCACCUCACCUUCUCUGAUGAGACUGAGCCGGUUAGGGUCCUGCUACCAGACGAAAAGAAAGAAAUCAAACCCCCAGCUCUCUCUAUGUCCAAUUUACAUGAGGCCACUAUUGUUGGUGACUGUGUGACCCAAGAUAGGGAUGGAAUCCCCACAAAUAUGAGGCCUGUGCUUCUUGACCAUCUCCGAGAAACUAGGGCUGACAAGAAAAGACUUCGGAAAGCCUUAAGAGAAUUUGAAGAACAAUUUUUUAAACAAACAGGAAGAAGUCCACAAAAGGAAGAUAGGAUACCAAUGGCAGAUGAGUACUAUGAAUAUAAGCACAUAAAAGCCAAACUGAGACUAUUAGAGGUCCUCAUCAGCAAGCAAGAUGUGGCCAAAACUAUUUGAGGUUCAGGAAAUGUUUGCAAUCACUUUGACCUAAGAUAAACUUAAAUUUAUUAUUUUCCUCUGCCAUUCUUGCUAAGUAGUUUUAACAUAUAGAAAAUUAAAGCACUUUAGUGGUAGUAUUAGCUGUUUAAAGAAGGAAUGGCAAGUGUAAUUAUAAACGAGGAGGAGAGAUUUAAAUGGGUGGGGGCAAGAAAUAGUAUAAUUGGAAAAAAAAAUUCAGACUCCUCCAUGCCAAGGAGAAAACUCAUACUAUCAAAUAUUUUAUCAAGUCUAAAUAACACUUAGCAUCUACUUGUUUGAUGGUCACUAGUUAGGGAAAGUCUACUUAGUAUCCAAAGAUUGCUUAUGUUGAUGUAUGGAAGAGAGCAUGAUUUUUAAAAAUGAGGAAAAGAAACUCUUUUUUUAAUGUAGGAAGGAAUACAGCUAGUAAGAAUGUAAUUUAUUUGAAACUUCUAAUUGAUUUUUAAGAGAUUAAAAAAAACUACCUUGUCCCUUAAUUUUGCUAGGCUUUUAAUACCCUAAAAUAUACUAGAAUGUGUCACUGUUAGUUUUUUAUUUCCAUAUAAAAAUAGCACAUUAUUUCAUGUUAUUUGAAGUUUUACAUUUCUGAUUACCAAAGUUGAUUCUGAUAGCAUGUACUUUGUGAAUUAUCUUUGUCUAUAAUUGACAGAUGUUUAUAUUAAAAUAUUGUAUUGAAAUUUGGAAAUAGGUAUUUUGGAUAGAUAUGUCUGCAGUAUAUAUGCUCUAAUGUGAUCAUAGUUAUGAUUGCUAACUUUUUGUUUACUAUAACUAAGAUUAUAUAACUAUUUUUCCAUUGGGAAUAUGCGUUUUUCUUAAUGUUUCAAGGUCUAUACAUUGUAAAGUCAAAAGGCUUUCCCAUGGGCUGUGGGUAUUCUUCAUCCUGUUCAAAAUGAAAGGUUUGGAAAUGGUUUGCUAUGACACCUUGGAAAAGAAGCCAGAAUAUUUAAUUUGCUCCAUCAACUUUAGCAUACAUUUUUUUGUGUUGUUUUGUACUAAAACAAAUGUUUAUCUUGCUUUUGUAAAAAUAAGUAAAAGGUAGACAUUUUCUCUUGUACCAUCCAUGUUUGUAUUUCUAUUUUCUGUCAUGUUUAAGCAUGACACUGAACAAAUUCACAUUUUCAUAUAGUUUGGAUGGGAAGAAUAUUGACUAUUUCAGAGGCUUAUUAUUUUCUCUGUAUUUACCUGAUAUUUUAUAAUUUGUAUGAAUCAGAAUAAUGUCCUUCAUAAAUUUGUUUAAUCAAAGUCAUCUACUUGUAACAGGACAGAUACACGACUAUUUGAGGUUUACAAACUACAUCUUUGAUAAGGGAAAUGGUUUCAUGACACAUAUACAAUUGCUAUUAAAAUGUAACUAUAUAUUCUAUAUGAUUGUAAAUAUUUUAUACAACAAUACAAAUAAAAUAUUUUUCUAUUAUA